UACAUUUGUAUCUUAAUGUGGCAUUUUUUCUUUCUGCUUUCCGAAAGACUUUUUGCGAGCGAAUCAGGAAACGAUUAUUCGAAGGGAUGCGCUCAUCUACAUUGUGAGAAUGGUAGCCGUUGCGUAAAACGAAGAUUUUGGUGCAAGGAUCCUCCUUGCCCUGGCAUGUUGUAUUGUUCGAAAUCGAGAAGAGAAUCGUUGAAGGGACCUCUAAAUUGUGACACUGUUCGUUGCAACCGACGACACAUGUGCAUUAUUAAAGUUCAAGGAUGCCAUUGGGAUAGAAAGUGUAAGCAGCAAUUGGCGCGCUGUAUAUCGGAAAAAGAAUAUUACGAGGGUGCAGCUUCCUGCGCCGGUUUCGAAUGUCCAUCGGGAAAACGUUGCAUCUUGCGAGAAAUUUUAUGCGUUAAUCCACCCUGCAAACUUAUCAGAAGUUGCGAAGAUGAGGAAGAUAUACAAACUUGGUUCGACAAAUGCAGAAGUUUGAACUGCGCCUCCGAAUAUGAGUGUUUCUUGCGAAGGCCAGAAAACAAUUGUCGCGAUCAGUGGUGUACACAUACGCCCGAUUGUACGCUCACCGUCGAAGAUGAGCUAAUCAGUAAAUAUUGCUACGGUUGGAUCUGCCCACGAUCGCAAAAAUGCGUAGUGCGAAUUGUAGAUUCAUGUAAGGGUUUUAAUUGUACAAUCGAGCGAUCAUGUCGUGCAUCUUCAGUUUCGUCCACCACACGCAAUACGACUAAUAACGAGGUCUCUAAGCAAUCCACAACCAGAAGAACCUUGAUGCAAGCCGAGAGGGAAUUGAUUCAACAGGAGCUACAGAAAAGAACGAAUUAUCCGAUCAUAAGCAAACAGUCAACUGUACCAGUGACUUCAACGCGGAGACAAACUAUUCACUAUACAACCUCUACAAAACAAGGGACAGAAGUUUCGUUGUCUCAUCAGCAAAUCACAACGAUGAAAUCAAAUUUAAUCACAGAGUCAUCAACGAAUGAACAUUCGACAUUGCCUUAUCCUCGUUUUCGAUUGAAUUACGAUAAACCCGUUGCCAUCAAUGAUGGCAAGGUUUUCCAGGGUUCAAGUUCUCCGGCAACUGAACUCGCUGAUGGGAAGACCGAGCCAACUAUAUCGUAUGAUACAGAUAAAUUAGAAACACCAAGGAAGAUCUACAUUACAACCAAUGACGAGUUCCCCCUUCCCAUGAUAUUAAAGGACAUUAACUUCUUUGACCAAGGUUAUCCGAUCUGGAUAAAAAAUGAUCCGUAUCGUUCGUGGGAAGCGAAGGACGAAGAUGGAUGGAGAUAUCACGCGCCACAAGAACCGUACAAGAUUUUAUUGCCGCCAUAUGAGCCGGUGAUCCUUGUUGAAGAUAUGGGGAAACGAGGACAAUUUCUACCGUUCUUCACUGACGCAUUCUUCACUGACCUUUUUAACGAAGCGGCUUCUAUACCUUUGCCAGAAAUAACACCUGCAGAUAUUGGAAAUUCGAGGACGGAUAGUACUUCGACGAUUGCAGAUAAGACUGUUGAUUAUACAAAUAGUUCUACAAUUGCCAAGCAAGAAAACAUCAAGACGAAUCAUACCGAUGAAUCGCCCAACGAUCAUAGGAGUUUCCCGAUGACGGAAGAAACAAGCACUGCUUCGCUAAAUAUUCGUGACAAAGAAAAACUGGAUAACUAUGACAUGAGUUGCAACUGUCCGUUGACCACGUCCGCAGGACCCACUUUGGCCUCGACAUGCGGUGGCCCGUCCUUCAUGCUCUUUAUGGGGCUGCUCGAAGUCUUUUUGCGGAGCCAAUGCGACCUCGAGGACCCAUGUAACAGACCUGCACCACCGAGCACUGUCAAUACGAGGUACGAUUUCGUAGUGAUCGGAGGCGGUAGCGCUGGAGCGACCGUGGCGGCUAGAUUGUCGGAAGAAUCGAGAUUUUCCGUAUUGCUGUUGGAAGCUGGAUUGGACGAGCCAACGGGUACUCAGAUACCUUCGUUCUUCUUCAAUUUCAUUGGCAGCGAGAUCGACUGGCAGUACACUACAGAGAGCGAAGACGAAGCUUGCUUGAACAAAGAACACAAAAAAUGUUACUGGCCUAGAGGGAAAGUGUUGGGCGGUACGAGCGUUAUGAACGGGAUGAUGUAUAUGAGAGGCUCGCGUAAGGAUUACGACGACUGGGCCAAGCUCGGCAACGUCGGAUGGUCCUAUCGCGACGUCCUACCGUUUUUUAUACGGAGCGAGGAUAAUCAGCAAGUGAACAGCAUGGAUUACGGCUAUCACGGGGUCGGCGGGCCACUCACGGUUAUGCAGUUUCCUUACCACCCACCAUUAAGUUUCUCUCUCUUGGAAGCUGGAAAAGAAUUGGGAUACGAUGCGGUUGAUCUGAAUGGACGAACCCACACCGGGUUUGCCAUAGCGCAGACCACAUCCAGGAAUGGCUCACGUCUUUCCACGGCGCGCGCCUUCCUGCGUCCCGCCCGAAACCGUCCGAAUCUCCAUAUAAUGCUGAACUCGACAGCGACGAGGAUCCUCUUCGACGAGAAUAACAGAGCGGUCGGUGUCGAGUUCCUUCAUGACGGAAUGACGAAACACGUGUCGGUGGCGAAGGAGGUGGUCGUGAGCGGAGGUGCCGUUAACUCGCCGCAAAUUCUCUUAAAUAGCGGAAUAGGACCUCGAGAGGAUCUUAAUGCGGUGGGAGUGCCGGUUGUUCGCGAUCUCCCGGGUGUCGGCAAAAAUCUUCACAAUCACGUUGCCUACGCAUUGACCUUCACCAUCAACGAUACCGAUACUACUCCGCUCAAUUGGGCAACCGCUAUGGAAUAUUUACUCUUCAGGGACGGCCUGAUGUCUGGAACAGGAAUAUCCGAGGUGACAGCAAUGAUAAAUACUAAGUACGCGGAUCCGAGGGAGGAUCAUCCAGAUGUGCAGCUAAUCUUCGGCGGUUACCUGGCCGAUUGCGCGGAGACUGGUAUGGUAGGUGAAAGGAAGGGCGCGAAUCGCAGUAUCUACAUCAUCCCGACUAUCCUGCAUCCGAAAAGUCGCGGUUAUCUGCGCUUACGAAACAAUGAUCCUCUCUCAAAGCCGCUGAUCUACCCCAAAUACUUGACCCAUCCCGACGAUUCAGCAGCUCUCGUGGAAGCCGUUAAGUUCAGCAUUCAAUUAACGGAGACCCAGGCGCUCAAAAGGUACGGUUUCGAGUUGGACCGAACUCCAGUGAAGAAUUGCGAGCACCUGAAGUUCGGCUGUGACGCUUACUGGGAAUGUGCGAUUCGUCAUGACACUGCACCCGAGAAUCAUCAGGCGGGAUCCUGCAAAAUGGGACCGUCAGACGAUCCAAUGGCCGUGGUUGACAAUCAAUUGCGAGUCAGAGGAGUGCGAGGUAUAAGAGUGGCCGACACAAGCAUCAUGCCAAGGGUUACAUCUGGCAAUACGAAUGCACCAGCGAUCAUGAUCGGUGAAAGAGCAGCAGAUUUUAUUAAGAAAACCUGGAUCGGUUGA